GUGGAUAAAUUUUUUAUUUAAUUCACGUCGUCUUAUUUUUAAAUUUUCUUUUUUUUUUUAACAAGAAAUAAAAGCAAGUUUGCUGGUGUGCAUAACAGUUUAAUUUUAAUAAGGAACAGACAUUAAGUUUGAGCAGUGUAAAAAAAAUUACCAUAAUAAGUGCAUAAUUUGUUGAAGUUUCAACAAAACGGGAAGAAAAUUAAUUUUUUUUUUUGUUGGAUUUAAUUUUAUAGUAAAAACAACUUUAAAUUUUUAAAUAAACGAUAAGUAAUUUUACAUUGUUCGUAAUUUAAAUUUGAUAAGUGCUCGAAAAGUCAAUGGUUUAACACUGCUAUUACUUAAAAUUUGUGAAAAAAAUCAAGUCUGAUAUUGGAAAAGAAUUGUUUGAUAGUCUAUGAAUAAAUAUUAAAAGAAAUAAACUAAAUUAAUUGAAAAGCAUAAAAAAAUUUUUGCAAUUUUUUUUUUACUAUUGACUAACAAUUUCAAGGAACAAAAUUUAAAGGAUCAUGAAUCAAUUAAGGGCUUAUUUCAUCAGCAUAUUUUGCAUAUUACUUGUAAAUAUUGCAUUUGCAACAACACCAACAGAAGAACAUAAUUUACAUUUACGAGAUUCACGAAUUAUAAAUUUAGAUAUUCGACCAGUUAAUACACUCAAAAAGAGACAUGCUAAUCCAUUAAGUGGUGGAAAUCAAAUGAAAAAAAUGAAUCGAGAAAAGAAAUCGAAUUCGAAAAAACCUAAUAAUAAGGAACUUUUAGAGAGGUUGGGAUUAUCAGAAGUCAUAGUUCCAAUUAGUCAUGGCCGAAAACGAUUAGCUGUUGAAUCGAGAAGAUUUUCAAGACCAGAUGAUUCAAAAAUGUUUAUUGUAAAACUUCCUCCACAACCGGCUUAUUAUGGAAACGUUAAAUUUGCUCAUCCGAAAAACUCUGUCAAUAAUAAUGAUGUUCAAAAGCUCAAUUUCCGUUCAAAUGGAAAACUUGGAAGAAUAUAUCAUUGGAAUUUACCUGUAAUAAAUAAAGUCGCACAAAAAACUGAUAAAAAAUUACCACAAUCGAAUAUUAAAAGUUCAAGAAAAAAUGAUAAAAGUUUAAUUGAUAUUAAAAAUAUUCCAACAUGGUCAAAUCAAUGGGAAAAUGAAACAAUCGAUAAAUAUGGCUCAUAUGAUACCGUAAGAUCAAUUGGAAAGAAAGCAUCGAAAAAAUCGAUACCAUCAUAUUAUGCACCACAUAAUUAUAUUAAAGGACCUAAUAGUAAUUUUCAUAAAAAUUUUCCUAGUAAUGGUAAACCAAAAGGACUUUAUGUAAUGGGUAAAACUGGUAAAAAACCACUUUAUUAUAAGAAUAUCACAUCUUGAACAUAAUUUCCUCCCAAUCUUUUUUUAUAAUAUUAAAUAAGUAAAUUACGAAAAAAACAAAGUUUUUUUUGUAAAUUUAACAACAAUACAAAUCAAAAACAAAAAAUCAAAAUAUAAAAAACAAAAAAAAAAAUAUGACUGAUUAAAUAAAAUGUUAUGUUAAUUAUACCAGUAAAAAAAAAAGUUGAAAAAAAAACCAAGCCUAUUAAAACACUAUAUACCAAUUUUAAUUAUAAAUUUUAAACUAUGAAAAACAAAAAAACAAUUUCCGAUUAUAAUUUUAGCCCAAAAUCUCAGCACAAAAAAAAAAAUUUACUACUCUCUUUAUAAUUAUACAUAUUUAUCUACAUACUUAUACAGCCUUUGAGUAUUCAUAAUCUAAGAACUCAAAGGUAUAACCUAAGCACCUUAUGCCGAUUUUAAAAGUAUAACAAGACUGCCAAAAACAAAAUUUUUAUAAUAUAUUUGCGUUAGCGUAAUGCAAUUUUAAAAAACCACUCAAAUACAACAACUAUGCAAAUUUCAUUAUGAGAUUUUGAGUUAUGCUAAUUAUUAUUAUAUCUAACAUUAAUGCCACAUUUGCAUACCUAUUAUGCCACCAAACUGAAGUUAUUUUGCAAAAUUUUGAAUCGGAAAAUUACAAAAACAAUUAUUAAUAUUUUAUGUUUUCGAAGUAAGCCGAUUGAAAUAUUUUUUUUUUUAUGGAAUUUUUGAGUAUUUUUUGUGACACUCACUUUAUUCAGUAUGAUUUUAAAAGCCAUCUAGAUUAUAAUAAUUAUUUUUUUGUUUUUUUUUUUUCAAUUUCUUUAUAAAUACAAUUUUUUAUUCAAAAACUUCAACUCAGUACCCUUCCAUUUUGAACUCUGUAAAUCAGAACCGCUCCAUUUGAAAGACAAGAAGGGUUGUGUGUGCUAAAAAUUGCAACUUUUCAUUUUUCAGAUGGAAUUUAUCAACCGAUUUUUUGAAGUUGAAAUUUAAGUUUUAAAUUUAAAAAAAUAUGUAGAAUUAGUAGACCUAAAAAUAGUAACCAAUUUCCUUCACACAAAUAAUUUCCGACAUCUCUUCCAUUUAAACUUCAUAUAAAUUUGGAAUUU